UAUAUUCUCAACUGCUAUUGAUGGGAAAAUCAAGGCCUGCUUUCCAGUUGGCCGAAAUUAUAGAUCCUGCUCAAUGCCAGCAGGUUACCAUGCCAGACAGCAUGGAUGCAGUCAACAAGGUUGCUCGACUACUCUAUACAAAUUCCGGUUUUGGUGUUUUGGCACUUGGGUCUAAUGGGAUUCAGAAGUUAUGGAAGUGGACACGCAGUGAACAAAAUCCAGGUGGAAAGGCCACUGCCAAUGUUGUUCCACAGCAAUGGCAACCAAACAGUGGUCUUGUUAUGACUAAUGAUGUCACAGGUGUCAACCUCGAGGAAGCAGUGCCUUGCAUAGCACUCUCAAAGAAUGACUCUUAUGUAAUGUCAGCCUGUGGCGGCAACGAACAAUCUGGUUUGGGUUUCUUUUUAGGCUUGAUUGGUUCAAGGACAAAGUUGAAACAGUAUAAAUGCUGAAUUUGUUUCAACACCAUGUCAAAUCUGUGCACAUGUUUAGCAAAUAUCCUUCUGUGUUAUCCUUUUAAUCACAUUGCAGUUUGGUACUGUUAUGCCAUAUUAGAAAGAAAUUUGUUUCAACACUGUGUUCACUUUAGUUUGUUUUUUUUAUGCAUAUGUCAUUGUCGAUGGAUUGGUUGGUUUGUAGCUUGGUCAUCAAGAUGAGAACAGUGAGAUAUAUAAAAGCAUAAUGCUAAACUGUGUCAAGUAUUUAAAUAAAUCUUUUUCUGUUGAUCCUCAUUAUUUUUAUUACUAUUAUUAUUGUUGUUAUUAUUAAUUUUACUACCAUGGUGCGCUACAUUUGUAUCUUUGAAAUUAUCUAUUGAUAGAAGAAUUAGAGAUUUUGUUCUUGGCUUCUCAAAAUUAUCUAUUGAUUGUAACUAUGAAUCUUUUAAUUUUCUAUUGUCAAAUUUUAUAAAUUUGACCUUUAAUAGAAUUGUUCCCUUAGAAGAUGAAUUUA